GCAGUUUUUCAGACUUUCCUUGUUUUUGAUGAUCUUGACAGUUUUCAGGAGUACUGGGCCAGCAUUCUGUAGAAUGUCUCUCAGUUGGAACUUUUCCGAUGUUUUUCUCAUGAUUCGGCUGGAGUUCUUCAGAGGUAAAAUGUCAUUCUCAUCACAUCACAUCAAGGGUACAUACUAUCAACUUGACUUAUCAGUGUUGAUCUUAAUCUUGAUCACCUGCUUGAGGGAGCGUUUGUCAGGAUUUUCCACUGUAAAGUUAUUUAUUUCCCCACCCUUUUCAGACUGUCCUCUUUGCAAGGAAAUCACUAUACACAGCCCACAAGAUUGCUGGUUUACACUCCUCCUUGAGGUGGAGUAUCUACAUACAUUAUUUGGAAUUCUUCACAGGAGAUUUGGCUAUUAUCCCCCAUUUAUUUAUGUAUUCGGUCAUUUAUAUCAGAAUAGACUAGCAGCUAUUUAUUUUAUACUUUGGGUUAUAAUCCAAUACUGGUUUAUUUUGUCGCUCCAAUUGUCCCAGAUUUGGCCUUUGGAAGCUCUUUCAGUUGGCCCCUGUGUCCUCUAACUUAUCUCCACCUUCCUGUUGUUUUGUUUGUUUGUUUAGCACUUCCUUACUUUCUGUGCUCCAAAAUGUUCCCAGGCUCAUCUUGUAUAUUUCCUACUCCAAUCCUAAAAUCAAUCAUUUCUACAAGGAGAAAGUCAAGGCGACGUUUUAGUCUUAGCAAAUGUGUAUCUGACUGGAAGUUGGGACAGACAAUCCGUCAGGUGGGCAGGAAUAAGACUCAAGCCACCCUCGGGAGGGGACUCUCCCAGCAGCAACAGCCAGAAUUACAAGCCCUUAGCUGAGAAAUAGAUGACUCACCAGCUCCCCAGGUUGUCUCCUCCCUCCCCCUCUUGCUGACAAGACUGUCCCUAAACCAGCUCCGACAGAACGACCUAGGUUCGAAAGUGUCCCCACCCAAGGGGCCAGUGAAGAAUGGCCUGUUGCAGGCCAAGUUAGGGCUUUAACCAUAGCCAGCUGAUACCUCCCCCCAUUUGUGUAUUACUUAUACCCCUUCUACCUGCAGAAAGAAUUAAACAGGAUUACCUUCAAAUUUCAGCUACAAUAAAACUAUUAAAGCUUGGGUAAAAGGACAAGAGUGCUGUGAAGAAGAGCGCGCGCGCGCGUGCGUGCGUGCGUGUGUGUUGGGUGUGUAUGUGUGUGUGUUAAUUUUGUCCCAGACACCUGGGCUGAGGCAACUUCCCCAGGUUCCCUGAAUAACAGAUUGCUAGCUCCAGAAGGACCUUAAGAAAUAAAUAUGCUUCACCUGGCAUUUUAUAGCUGAGAUGGAGCAAGUGAUUUCUCAGGAAUCACACAGCUAAUGAGCUGAAGAAGUAGGAAUACUGGGGCACGUCUCUUGAUGUCUAGGUCUUUCAAAUUCCCAUUCUUGCCUCCCUUUCCAGGAGAGCAAAAAGAAUAGCUUUUAGACCUCCUGGGUUAUACAAUGGCAAGACAACACUUUGAGGCUUCUUUCACUUGCCAGAUGAAUAAACUUAUGUGGAUGUGUCUGAGAAGUCAUUGGGGGCUAUAGUUAGGGGUUAUUAGCAUCCCCAGACACUCGGACAUAGGGAAUGCAGGAUGUAGACAUUGGGAUGCAGAAGUGGAUACUGGGGAUCCUACCAUUUCCCCACAGUCAAGCUUUAAAUGGUUAAAUCAGCAAUGUUCUAGUUGUCCUCAACUUUUGACCAACAGUGGGGGAAAAAAAAGAAAAAUAAAUAAAAACCAGGGGUCCUGAGACUUUUUUCAAGAGAUUUAGAGAUUUUGACUUAGGGAUUUUUAUACUACCAACUGUUUAAGAAAUUGGAUUAUCUCUUUUCUUUAAUAUCUGCCUCCCAACACUCUCCCUUCCACUACUCAUGAAUGAGGUGUUUUCAAGGAUCUUUGUGUAGGCUGAGAUCUUUGUACGGGCUUGGAAUGCAGAGAAAGCAUUCUGGGCCUGGUGUCACUUGGUGUGGCUGCAGUAAAGAGACGAAAUUAGCAUCAGGCUAUUUUUCACUUGCUCUCUUGGUGACCUUCUUAGGGCUACCUGGGAUAUCUUGUCUCUGUCUGUAAACUCCUUCUAAGGCAAGGACAGUGCGCGGCCCAGAACAGCAUCAGCAAAUAGUUAAUUACUCUGUGUUUUGAUGAUGAUGAUGAAGAUAAUAUUAGGAACUUUGGGGAUUUAGAAAAUGUUCAACUGGAGGACUGUCCUUGAAGAUCCUCCCCAGCUAGCUUCUCCAGCACCCUGAUUUCCUUUAGAGGAGCAGAGUGAAGGUGUUUAAAGCCUGCCUUCAGGCUGAGUCUAGAGGACGCUCUUCGGUGGAAGGGGGUCGUUAACAUUCCUGCCUGCUGAGUUCACGCCUGCGUGUAUCUUCGGCCUCUUCAUGAUCUCUAUAUUUUAAAAAAAUAAUUCAUUAAUUAAUAAACUUAUUACCCAGACUUUUUUAUACUCGUACAGACAUGUCUAGUUUUUUGUUUUAAUUUGAACAAAGGUUUAAUUUGAACAUGCUGCAUUGUGUGUUCUGCAAUUUGCUUCUUCCUCCUAACAAUAAAUCCUGGAUAUCUUUCUCUGCCAAGAUACCUAGAUCUGCCUCAUUUGGGCGAGUCUUUGUCCUCGUACCUGUGUGAUUCUCCGAGCGUCAUUUUUUGGCCUGCCUCUCUUUCUCGGGGUGUGAGAGAUUGCCUGACCUCUUGCGGUACGCUGCAGAGGGAGGUCCUAGAGGAGGCCUGGAGGGUGGGCGGGGCCCGAGGCCGCAUGGGAUAUGCAGAUGAGGUAGGCGGGGCCCCCCAUAUACCCGCGGUUAGCUGCUGGCGGGUGAGCCGGGUCUCGGCAGAUUCAGUCAGAGGCAACCUACGGACCUUGCUUCACCGAGCACAGCGGAGCCUGGUACCCGGCUGUCCCGGGAGCGGGCCAUGCCCCCGCGGGAGCUAAGCGAGGCCGAGUCGUCCCCGCUCCGGGCCCCGACCCCUCCGUCGCGGCGGGGCAGCGCGUCCCCAGAGCUGGGCAUCAAGUGCGUGCUUGUGGGCGACGGCGCCGUGGGCAAGAGCAGCCUCAUCGUCAGCUAUACCUGCAAUGGGUACCCCGCGCGCUACCGGCCCACAGCGCUGGACACCUUCUCCGUGCAAGUCCUGGUUGACGGAGCCCCGGUGCGCAUUGAGCUCUGGGACACAGCGGGACAGGAAGACUUUGAUCGCCUUCGCUCCCUCUGCUACCCGGAUACGGAUGUCUUCCUGGUCUGCUUCAGCGUGGUGCAGCCCAGCUCCUUCCAAAACAUCACAGAGAAAUGGCUGCCAGAGAUCCGCACUCACAACCCCCAGGCGCCCGUGCUGCUGGUGGGCACGCAGGCCGACCUGAGGGACGAUGUCAAUGUACUGAUUCAGCUGGACCAGGGAGGCCGGAAAGGCCCCGUGCCUCAACCCCAGGCUCAGGGUCUGGCCGAGAAGAUCCGGGCCUGCUGCUACCUGGAAUGCUCUGCCUUGACGCAGAAGAACUUGAAGGAGGUGUUUGACUUGGCCAUUCUCAGUGCCAUUGAGCACAAAGCCCGGCUGGAGAAGAAACUGAACGCCAAAGGUGUGCGCACCCUCUCCCGCUGCCGCUGGAAGAAGUUCUUCUGCUUUGUUUGAAGAGCUGUGGCAGCAAAAUGAUCAGUAGGCCAAUGGCCACAGACUUCUAGAACCUGGGGCACGGGGCCUUUGAGGGACCUGCUGGCAGGGCCACGUCACCCCCGUGGGACUCAGUUCCCAUAUGAACACUGUGGCAACACAGCCUCCAACUGCCCACUCUUAUGUGCCAGGGUGAGCCUAGGGCCUGGAGGAGAGAAGGCUCUGACUUGGUUUUCUGUGGAUUUCUCUGACUUGGAUUUCUCAAGUACAGAGAAAUCCCAGUACUUUGAUUUUCAUGGGAUGAUCCUAACAGUGUCAGCUCCCUCCAAGCAGUUUGGGAUCCAAUACCCAGUCUCUUCUCAUGGGCCCUUAGGUCAAUCUGGCUGAAUUAGGACCACUCCUGGUGGUCCCCACCUGCUCCUUGGCACAGGGGUGAGGAAGAGCCUGGGGAACAGCUGGGCAUCUAGGAGGGCUGGAAGGCAUCCGGCCCUGAACUGGAGAGAAGUUUAGGAUGGAUUGGGUAAGACGGAGGUCAGUGAGAGAUUGAGAGGGGUCCGAAAGUAAAGGCUUGGAGCCUUGGGACUGGAGGCAGGCUGGGGAGGAGGAGGCAGAUGAGAGGGCUAGGCUUGGAAGGAAGAAGAGAAAGAAGGAGAGCAGAGAAGUGGGGCAGCUGAGGAGCAAGGCUGCCACCUGGGCUGUCCUCAACCCCCAAGGCCAGGGAGGGUAGGGCUGGUCCCUGGGAAGAGCUGGGUCUCAGUGCUCCCUAGGCACUGCCCGAACUGGCUAGGCCAGGAGUGGGGCAGGAAGUGAGAGGCAAGGCCCAGCAAGAGGAGGGGGAGGAGCUGCAAAUUGGAGCCUGAAGAAAGAAGGGGCUUUCUCCAAGGUCACAACCUAGAAGAUAAGGCAGUGCAGAGUCUGCAAAUAAAGCCUUAAGUUUCUGAA